UUUCAUCAUCUCUCUCUCACUCUCGCUGUCUAUACGUAGAUAUACAUUCAGUCACAUGCAUUGUGCGUAUGUAGUAGUCAAGAGUCAAGACAUCUGUACGCAGUCUCUGGUAUCUCUGCAAUGGCUUCUGGAGCUUGUGAGGAGGAGGAGAGGCGCUGCUUAUUGACAACCUCUGAGGGAAGCUGCAACCCAACUGUCAUUGGUCCAAGCUUUCAGUUAAUGAAGGCAAAUCUCAAUGACGUCCACCAGCAUUGUUCUUUGGAUGUUCUGCCUAUCCUUUUUGAGGAGGCUGCACUUCCAGCAGCAGAAAAGUGGCCAUUUCACAAUACACAUGGUCAGGAUGUUUAUAGCAUUUCAGUGCUGUCCAAGGAAGGCAACACCAGUCCAAAUUGUACAUCACAUUUAGCCUUUUUAAGCUUCUUGGGAGUUCCUAUUCCAUCUAAAAAUGAAAUGUGCCUGGACAUACAAUCAAAUUGUCGGGACUACAUUGAUGUACAAAUAGAAAGUGCAGAUGCUUACACUCGAUGCAUUCUGGAUUCAGAUAUAGAGAAGGAGAUGGUCAAAAUACCCAAGACCAAUAAUGAAACUGCUCAGAGUACAAAAAGUGGAGCACUAACUAAGGUGCUGUUGAGACAAGCAAGCCUGAAAUCGGGUGGAAAAUUAAUGCAACCUUUAAUGACUUAUGGUUCAAUGUUACUCAAGUUCCUUUUUAAAGAUAAGGCAUCCAUCGAGAGGGGUCUUGAUACUCCAAACAACAGAUGGAGAAGAUACAAGCGAGCGUCACCCUUUGAUUCGAGAAGAAUUGUGAUCUUCUUCUCAAUUCUGUCAAGUUUCGGGACAUUGGUGUUGAUAUAUCUGACUCUGAGGGUAAGAGAGGCUGCAGCAGAUGGUUACGUGAAUGUCUAAUGAUUUUUGCCAUUGCUGCCCUUCUCUCAUCUUUCUUCAUUUUCCGCUAGAUUCUGUAUUCCAUCCCACGCCCGAAGUUUGCAACUUUUUUUUUUCAUUUUCGAUUAUGUUUGUAAAGAUGUCAGUUUUUCCGCUCUGGGUGUUCUCUGCACAUUAAUAGUAGGACUUUCACAAUUUCAGCUGCUCAGCUCAUGUACCUAAACCAUAAAAUGGCUUUCCCAAUUCACUUGGGAUAUGUGGAGAUGUUAAUGUCGUCUGAUUCAUAUUCGUUUGUGCUGA